UUUCAGAGUUUUUGAAAGCAGAGAGAAGAGACCAAGGCGGUGGGCAAGGGCAGGACCAGCACUAACACCCAGAGCGACGCCUCCGGCUGCAUCCCGGCCCGCGCUGCUCCUCCAUCGCUGCUGUCAGGAUGAGAGCGGUGGGGCUUUUCUUGCUGUGUCUGCCAGCAGCGCUCCUGGUCCAGGGACAGUACAGCAGGUUUGAAGGCAUCACCUACCCCGAGCCGGUACAAUAUUCCCAGUACGACCAGCAAUCAGAAAUUCAGGAUUACUACGACUAUCAUGAUGUCACCCCCCGCGCCCCCGAGGAGCAGUUUCGGUACCAGUCCCAGCAGCAAUCCCAGCAGGAAAUCGUGCCGGCCCCGACCCCAGCUGCUGUCCCCGAGACUGAGCCCACGGAGCCAGGACCCCUCGACUGCCGGGAGGAGCAAUACCCCUGCACCAGGCUCUACUCCGUGCACAAGCCCUGCAAGCAGUGCCUGAACGAGAUCUGCUUUUACAGCCUCCGCCGGGUUUACGUGAUCAACAAGGAGAUCUGCGUCCGCACCGUGUGCGCGCAUGAAGAGCUGCUGCGAGCCGACCUCUGCCGCGACAAGUUUUCCAAGUGCGGGGUGAUGGCCACCAGCGGGCUCUGCCAGACCGUGGUCGCGUCCUGCGCCCGCAGCUGCGGCGGAUGCUGAGCUCGAGGGGACCCCCCUCCGCCGGCCGCAGCCCCGGGACCCCAACCCCUUCCCACCCUCCUCUCCCAGGUACCCGUCCCGCUCUGGAUCCUCACCGUGGUGCUAAAGAAACUGUGCAUGAAAGAGCAUUUAAAAAGUCCAUUUUUUGUGCACAUAAUAAUUAAAAAAAAAAAAGGGGGGGGUAUUAUUUUUAUUACUUUCUUUAUUAUAUUGUAAAGGGGGGGUGGCGCGAGCCCCCGCCACCCCAUUUUCUACGUAGAGUAUCCAAGAGAUAAAGCGUAAGGGUC